AUGUCGUCUCCACCAUGGGACUACAUCGCUAAACUCGUCUGCAUCGGUGACUCGGGCUGCGGCAAGUCCAGCCUUACCAUCCGUCUCUGCGAGGGCCGCUUCUCCCCGCACCACGACGUGACAAUCGGCGUCGAGUUCGGCUCCCGCAUCGUCCCCGUCGGCCCGCCAAACACUCUCCCGCCCCCUACCCCGGCCCCCGAAGCGUAUACGAACCCGGACGGUACACCCAACGGCCUCCCGGAACCCCCGCGCCUCGCCGCCGAUGGGCCCCAGAAGCACAUGAAGCUCUCCCUCUGGGACACGGCCGGCCAGGAGACGUACAAGUCCGUAACGCGGUCCUACUUCCGUGGUGCCAGCGGCGCCCUCCUCGUCUUCGACCUCAGCCGCAAACAGACGUUCCAGCACGUGACCGACUGGCUCAACGACCUGCGCCAGAUCGCCGAGCCCGACAUUGUUGUCAUCCUCGUCGGCAACAAGGCAGACCUGACCCAGGACGCCGAUAACAAACGCGAAGUCACAAAGGAAGAGGCCGAGGAGUGGGCCAAGAAGAACGGCGUCUUCGAGUACGUGGAGACGAGCGCCAAGAGCGGCGAAAACGUCGAAAAGGCCUUUAUGCGGGUCGCCGAGAGGAUAUACAACAAUAUCCAGGCUGGCAAGUACGAUCUCAAUGACAGGAGGUCGGGCGUCAAGGGGCCGAGUGCCGGGGGCAACAAGCAAGUGAGAAUAGGGGGCGACGCAAAUAAGGGCUCUGGUGGCGGCUGUUGUUAG